ACGUUUUGACGUUUGAUCUAUUAUGUUACACAUUGGUAAAAAUCUAAAUCUAAUGUAAUUUUUUGCGGCGGUUUUGCCUGUUAAUAAGUAAAGGAUUUCUUGAUUGUUUUUUCUAACGUGUACACACAAGAGAAGUUAAUUUAUUUUUUUCUCACUGAUAAACGAACGAUACCUAAUAAUGGCUGGUUUUCCGAAUUCAAAUGAGUAUUCUUGGCAAGCUCAAAACAGUGCACAUUUUAAUAAUUCAAAUGCAUUCGGCGACUCUCAAACACUAGACUUCCAGAACUUCACAGCUGACCAACAAAACUUUUCCUUUGACCAAGGACAAAGCAUGCCUGUCAACAACAACCAAUACUACAAUCCAAGUUUAUACACGCCAGCACCAAUACCAGGGGAUCAACCUACUGAAUCAUCGGAAUUUGAUGAACCACCAUUACUAGAUGAAUUAGAAAUUUACCCAGAUAGAAUAUUAGAGAAAACUUUAGCUGUGCUCAAUCCAUUUCAUGGUCAAUCUAAAGCUGAUGAUGCUAAUUUCCUACUCAGGGAUACAGAUAUUGCUGGUCCUAUCGCAUUUUGCUUAGCACUGGCAGUAUGUUUGUUUCUUUCUGGGAAUAAAGCACAUUUUGGAUAUGUAUAUGGAUUAUCUGUAAUGUCUGUCAUUUUAAUGUACUGUUUACUAUCUUUAAUGAGUCAUACGGAAGGAGUUUUUACUUUAUUGAGUGUUGCCAGUGUGUUAGGGUAUUGCAUGCUGCCAAUGGUUGUAUUGGCUUGCUUGGGUAUCUUUUUAUCUCUUGAAGGUACAAUAGGUCUCAGUAUGUCAGCUGCAGCGGUGAUUUGGUCUGCUCUAUCAGCAAGUCGCCUUUUUGUCACUAUGUCAGGAGAUUUUGAACAAAGACCUCUUAUUGCAUACCCAUGUGCAUUAGUUAAUGGGGUGUUUGCACUUCUUGUAUUGUUCUAACAGACUAACAUUGAACUAAUUUAGAUAAUGCUAUAUUUUUAUACUAUGAAUGUUAUCACCGAAAACAUUUAUAUCAUGUAACCCAUGUUGUAACCAAAUGUUUAACCAGGUAACUAUAGUAAAUAAAAUGUUUUACUUUUAA